AUGGCCGACACCGCCCAUAGGAAAGGCUCCAUGGGCUUAGGAUUCUUGAAUCCUUUUAAGGCCAAACAGUCGUCAAGUCGAUCAAGCUCAAGAGCAGGAUCUCUCUCCGAUUUUAGUAUUGACGAGUUCAAGAUUAACCAGAAGACUGCUUUUCAGUCUACCAACAAGCUCCGGAAAGGCUCGGCACCACCCACGAUGAGCAAAGGCUCAUAUGCCAGCUCCAAGAAGAACAGUCUCGAACAGUCUCGAUCUAGAGCUUCCGGGUAUGCAUCCCUGUCGUCGAACAGAGCUGUUGCUGUUGAGUGGGAUCAGGAUAAGGAGACCGGUGAGAGAAAGGACUACACCGAGAUGCUACAUAGUCUAGCCCACCGUGAUUCAGCCGAGUCGCUGGUGGAGAAAACAAAGGCGCUCUUCUCUGGGAUUCCUGAGCAACCCGCUCCGGAAUUCUUUGCCAAACUCCCAUCAAAGGUGUGGGCACAUGUUGUCCGUCAUCUCAACAUCCCAGAUACUGCAAGCCUUGCCUUUUCGUGCAAACCAUUCAGAGACCUAAUCGGUUCAGACAUCUGGAACGAGCUUGAUGGAAAGGACAACUAUCACGAUCGAAUCGAUUUUCUGAGUCGCCUUGAUAAGCAUCUGGCCGAUCAUCUCCUGUGCUUUCCUUGUGCCAUUUAUCACCUUCGGACCCAGAAGGGAAAAGAAAACCUAAGGCCGACCAAUGUUUCAAAUCCAAUAUUCAACUGUCCAAAUACCUUCAACAUAGAAAACAAGAUGUCUCGAAUGAGGCUGACAGUGGGACGGACUCUACCGUUUUCAUUUGCUCAACUUGUUCUACGCGCCCAAAGAUACUCCCCGGAGCAUGGUAUACCGCUUAAUACCUUAUCUCGUCGGUGGAAAGACCGUGAUGGUGAGUGGACUCAUCAGACCCAGUAUGCAAUUGUCAACGGGCAUCUCCUUCUCCGAGUAAUUAGCUGGGCUUUCGCAACACCUGAACUUCCGCCUGCUGGACUGCGCAAGCUUCUAUACGCUCCUAGUGAUAAUUUUGCGCCUUACUUUUCUGUAUGUGCACAUUGGCGGGAUGGCAACUUGAUGCCUGCAGUCAAAUGUGCACUUGGUCAUCAGAUCAAGCCUCCAGAGGGCAGUGGCGUGGCUGGUGCCGCUGCCAGAGUCAACUACAGAUUACAUCGACCCAACCCUAUUGUCACCUUAUGCUCAAACUGCAAACCAAUGAGACGAUGUCCCGAAUGUCCAUCAGAGUACCUGAUAGAGAUGAGAAUGCAGGAGGACAAGUCUGAUCCAACACAGUUAUUCAAACAAGCGAUCGUGCUGACCAGAUGGAGUGAUCUUGGUGAUGGUUCGUCCCCAGAAUCUCCAGAGUGGGCAGCAAUUAGAGGAGAUGGACCUUUCGAUUCUUUUACUGCCCUGGGAAGACGUGCCAUCUCUGGUAUUUUUGAAUCGCAGUUCACUGUGGAACAAGUCCCUCCGCAGCGGAUAGUUUCCAUGAACCCGAACAAAGAGAACCUCGGUGAAGCCGGACAUAAUUGGUACUGA